AUGUCCGAUUCCAGUCAGAAAUACACUGUCGGUAAUCCGUUCGCUAUCGACACGAUAACCAGCGCCCCGAACGGCGUUGCUAAAAGAAUAGACAAUGAAUCUACGGAUUUUCAAAAACAUGAUAAAAAAUAUGUGUUUGUCUUCAGAUGCAAUCCUUUCGACGGCACAUGUGAGUGUAGGCCGGGAUUCGGUGGCAGGCGAUGCAAUGAAUGCCAAACGAAUUACUGGGGAAAUCCUAACGUGGAGUGUUAUUCGUGCGAGUGCGAUGUAAUCGGCUCUGCUAGCCAGCAAUGCAACAGAGAAACUGGAGAAUGCAUUUGUCACAAGGGCAUCGGCGGUGAAAAAUGCGAUCAAUGCGACCGCGGCUAUCACGGCAAGGCUCCUCAAUGCAGUCCCUGCGGCGAGUGCUUCGACAACUGGGAUUUGAUAUUGAAUGGUCUCAGAAAUAAUACAGAUGUCAUUAUUCAGGAAGCUUCGAGAAUACAAAAGGUCGGAACGACCGGUGUGUAUAGCCAAGAGUUUGAUGACAUGGAAGAAUCUUUGAACAAAGUCCGACAUCUAAUUAGCAAUGCAACUAUCGAAAGUCAAGAUCUGGAUGCAUUAGAUUUAUUAGCUGAAGAAUUGGCGAAAAAUAUAUCUGAUUCAACGCAACAGUUAGAAGAAGCAAACAAUCUUCUGGAGAAUCUCAGUCAGCGAGUUAACCUUGGAGAUGUCGCACUGAAAAAAUUGAAAAUCAGAACAAAUAGUUUACAUGAGCUUACCGUCGAGUUGCGCAAAAAUGCUACUAGACUACAAGAGGAGAAUGUACAGGGUGCUCUAAAUGUGACUCAACAGAUGGCCGAGCAGUCGAAACAGGCUGAAAAAAUGGCAAAUGACACUAGCAAUGUUCUGGCCGAUGCGGAGCGAUUUCGUAAGCAUACCGAAAAUCUUUUAGCAAAAAAUCGCGUAUCUGUAAACGAGGCUCAAGCAAAAAACAAAGAAUCAAUAAUUAAGUUAAACGAAAAACUAAAGACAUUUGAUAUGGCUUUGCCUGAGUUAAAUCUGCGAAUGUGCGGCGACAAUGUAACGGAUUGUAGCACUGUUUGCGGCGGUGCGGGCUGUGGUUUAUGCGGAGGAUUGUCUUGCGAUACAGGUGCGGUUACCAAAGCUAAUCAAGCUUUAGAAGCUGCUAAAAAGCAGACUGCUGAAAUCAAAAAACAUAAAGAUGCGGCUGAACAAUUGUUACGUAAUAUGAGUCAAAUCAAACAAGAGUCAGCAGCAGCUAGAUCUAACGCACAAGAUGCUUUUAAUUAUGCAUGGGAUGCGCGAAAUCGUUCUGACAAGAUCAACAAAGAUCUCUCAGACAUAACCAAACGUAUUUGGAGUACUUUAGACGAAGAUCAACCUACACCGUCUAUGGUACGAGAUCUUGCAUAUGAAGUGUUAGAAAGGAACAUUCAACUGGAGCCGGACAAAAUAACGAGAUUAGCCGAUCGCAUCAAGAGUAUCGUAGGGUCUCUUACCGAUUCUGAAAAAAUUCUUACUGAUACCAAAAACGACCUUCAACUCGCUUAUGAUCUUGAGGAACGUGCCAAUCGCAUUAAAGAAAUAGCUAUCAAAAAGCAAGCUCUAGCAAGUAAAGUAAAUCUAUUGUUGAACGAUGCACAGAAAGCCCAAUAUAUAGCGCAAGAAACAAUUGAUAAAGCGGAAGCUGACGUAGACAAAUCUCAGAAAGACUUAAUAGAAAUCGCAGAUGUGACCAAAGCCGCUAAUUUCCAGGCAAAUAACACCACUCAGUCAGUAGAGGCUCUAGAAACUCGUUUAAAGCAUCUUCAGCAGCAAUUCGCGAAACAGAAUUUUAUCUUAACAGAGAUCGGCGCAGAGGUAAAAAGAGUGACUGAUGAAGCACAAAUCGUUGAUGGUAAGACAAAAAAGCUAUCGGAAGAAUACAAGCAGGCGGACGAGUCCUUAAACCAGCGUGUGAACAAGAGUAAGGGCGAUAUUCAUCGAGCAAAGAGACUUUUGCAACAAGCUUCCGAACUGACAGCGGAUACUUCAACCAAGUUCAAGGAUUUGGACGGUAUGGAGAACGUCUACAGAGAUAAUGAGCGAGUACUAGCGGAUCUCAUGGGUGACGUGGAUGCGCUAACAGCGGAGAUAGAAAAACAUUUAGGAGAGAUUGAGAAAAAGUCACAGUGGUACAGACAAUGUUCCGCUUAAAAUUUAUAAUUAGUAUUAACACAUAUAUUUUGAUUGCAUUAUGUCCGUAACGUAUGAACAUGUGUGAAAUUGAUAAAUAUUUCUAUUUCUUAUUACAUCAUAUAUACUAUUUUUUUACAAGAUUUAGAAUCAUUUGCUAAUUGAGCAAGAUAUUUUUUAUUAUAUAUUUAUAUUGUAUAUUGCUGCAAAAUGUUUAAAUUUUCGGUGCUUCAUACUUGUGCAAUAACUGUCAAGAGUCUAGUAGAAUAAGGAAAUUGUCUUUAGAGAUAAAUUAUUGUACUUUCUAUCUACAUUAUAAUAGAUAAAUAUAGCGUAGUAUGUAUGCCUAUAUGUAUGUGUAUGUAUGUGUAUAUUAAUUCCUAUAUCUUUACUUAUCUUAACUCUUGACUCAUAUAUUAGCAUAGCUUAUUAUUAUAAGCCAGAUGUGAACUAGUUUAGUUUUUGAUAUUUCUGAUAGUACUUCAGACAAAAAUUUUUAAAGACAGGUGUACAUAUGAUGCAUUUAUCUAUUAGAGAAACUACUUUUAGAUGUUGUUAUAUGAGAUUAUCUUUAAGGAUUAAUUUACUUACUUUACUGGAUUCUGCAUAUACAUAUUUUUUUUCGAAAUACUUCAGAGAAGAUUAUUAUUAGUCUCAUAGAUAUGACUAGCCGA